CAGCAGCAACAGCAACAUCAGCAGCAUUACGCCUCUCUUUCUCUAAGUCCGAAGGACAUCAUAAGAAUCAGAAAAAGGGUGGCGGCUGGUGGAAGAAUUUCUCUGCUAUGGUAUCAUUUCAUUUGUCUCAUUUCCUCUGAAGAUUUUAAUCUUGAGUGCCUCACACAUAUUUCUUUGAUUCCUAGGAAGCUUGACAUGAAUGGCGAUUUCACAUUUACACUGUCUGCAAUCUGUGAGAGUUGCUUUCCCCGGCCGUCCUUCCGAUUCUAACAAUUAUUAUUAUGGUAGAGACAAUUUCACGAGAAAGGGCAGUUCCCUUGUUUAUGCCUCCACCAACAACUUAAACAGGGACCUUCAUCUUCAAUCAAAGGUUGAAACAGUGUUAGAUAGUGUAAAAUGGGAUGACAGAGGUUUGGCGGUUGCCAUAGCUCAAAAUGUUGACACAGGAGCCAUCUUGAUGCAAGGCUUUGCGAACAGGGAAGCAGUGGCUACAACAGUUUCCUCACGGAAAGCAACAUUCUACAGUCGGUCACGUUCAAUGUUGUGGACAAAGGGAGAGACCUCCAAUAAUUUCAUUAAUGUCCAUGACAUCUUCCUUGAUUGUGAUCGAGACUCUAUAAUUUACCUCGGGAAGCCUGAUGGACCUACUUGCCACACAGGAUCAGAGACUUGCUAUUACAUCCCAGUGUUUGAUUUGUUAGAAAAUCAACAGGACAAAGAAGAUAAAUUAGCAUUGACCACUUUGUACUCAUUGGAGUCUACAAUUGCCCAGCGAAAAGGAGAAUUAGAAGUCCCACAGAGUGGAAAGCCCUCGUGGACUCGACGACUACUACUUGAUGAGAAGUUGUUGUGUUCAAAAAUAAGGGAAGAGGCAGAUGAGCUAUGCCGAACACUAGAGGACAAUGAAGAUAAGCCACGAGCUGCCUCAGAGAUGGCAGAUGUGCUUUAUCAUGCCAUGGUUCUGCUGGCCCUUAAAGAUGUGAAAAUGGAAGAGGUUCUAGACAUUCUUCGACGUAGAUUUUCUCAGUCAGGUAUCGAGGAGAAGAGAAGUCGCAACUCGCAAGCCUAGACUGUGGACGCCAGAGUCUGUCAAGUUUAAUGAUAUGCUUUGAUCAAUUUUCUUUCUUUCUCUUUUUGGGGAUUAUAUGCACUACAAUUCAACGCAGAGACAAUAAUUUUUUACAAGAUCAAACUACAUCGAAUUCCUAGUUGAUUUUUUUA